AUGGCCGAAAAGAUCAGGAAGGAGAAGGACACCUUCGGCUGGCUCGAGGUGCCUGCUCAUCGAUACUGGGGUGCUCAGACCCAGCGGAGUCUGAUCAACUUUGACAUUGGUGGACCGACCGAGCGCAUGCCCCCACCUCUCGUCAAAGCCUUCGGUGUCCUCAAGAAGGCCGCAGCACACGUCAACCAGGGCUACGGUCUCAAGCCUGAGCUUGCCAAUGCCAUCUCGCAGGCCUCGGACGAGGUCAUCUCCGGCAAGCUCAUCGAUGAAUUCCCGCUCGUCGUCUUCCAGACCGGUUCGGGCACGCAGACCAACAUGAAUGUCAACGAGGUCAUCUCGAACCGGGCUAUCGAGAUUAUGGGCGGAGAGCUGGGGAGCAAGACGCCGGUCCACCCCAACGACCAUGUCAACAUGAGCCAGAGCUCCAACGAUACCUUCCCUACCGCCAUGCAUGUCGCCGCUGUGGUCGAGAUCAACUCGCAGCUCAUCCCAGCUAUGGAAGAGCUCCACGCCGCACUCCUGGAGAAGCAAAAGUCGUUCGAGCACAUCAUCAAGAUUGGCCGGACACAUCUGCAGGACGCGACUCCCCUUACUCUUGGACAGGAGUUCUCGGGGUAUGUCUGCCAGGUCGAGCGGGGGAUUGAGCGGGUCAAGGGGACCAUCAAGAACCUGAGCAUGUUGGCGCAGGGAGGAACCGCUGUUGGCACUGGUCUGAACACGUACAAGGGCUUUGACAAGAAGGUCGCUGCGGAGAUCUCCAAGAUCACCGGCUACGAGUUCAUCACUGCCCCAAACAAGUUCGAGGCAUUGGCGGCCCACGAUGCCCUCGUCGAGGCCUCCGGAGCACUCAACACCGUCGCUGUAUCCUACAUGAAGAUCGCCAACGAUAUCCGAUACCUCGGAUCCGGACCACGAUGCGGUCUCGGAGAGCUCGAAUUGCCAGAAAACGAGCCGGGAUCGAGUAUCAUGCCUGGAAAGGUCAACCCGACGCAAUGCGAGGCCCUCACGAUGGUCGCUGCGCAGGUUAUGGGCAACAACACCACCAUCUCCAUCGCUGGCUCAUACGGUCAAUUCGAGCUCAACGUCUUCAAGCCCGUCAUGAUCAAGAACCUCCUCCAGUCCAUCCGACUCCUCGCGGACGGAAGCAGGAGCUUUACCAAGAACUGUGUGGUGGGCAUCAAGGCGAACGAGAGCCGGAUUGACAAGAUCAUGAAUGAAUCGCUCAUGUUGGCGACUUGCUUGAACAGUGUAUUGGGUUAUGAUGAUGUGGCUGCCAUCGCCAAGAAUGCGCACAAGAAGGGUUUGACCUUGAAGCAGUCCGCGCUGGAUUCCGGCAAGAUCACCGCAGAGGAGUUUGACAAGCGAGUCAGGCCUGAACUCAUGAUUGGCCCGGACGAGUACCAGGGAUAG